CUUCGUCCUUCAUUCGAUUCCAUUGCAGCAAUGAAGUCUGCUGCUCCUCUCCUUACCGUGGCCACGCUGGCAGCGGCCAAAAGGAACUGCAGUGUCGAGAGCAUCGCCCCGUUCUUGCCCGAAAACUCUACUGUUUUCUAUGCGGAUCACUAUGCCAAAGGAGCCAACUUCACUCCUCCCAUCAAGUACAACUAUGGAUUGACUUCUCUUCCCACGGGGAACAACCCCUAUGAGGUCUCUGUCGAUAGCUGUGUUGCCCAGGCCAACAUCACCCUGCCCAACAACACUCAGCACAGCGUCGGUAUCGUGCUUCCUGAUGAGUGGAACGGUCGGUUUAUGGCCGUUGGUAACGGCGAAUUCUCGGGAUCGGUUGGAUGGUCUUCCAUUAUGAACACCGCCUGGUAUGGCUUCGCCAGUAUCUCCACCGAUACCGGCCACGAAGGCAACAACGGCAGCUUCGGGUACCACAAUGAAGCUGCUCUGACCAAUUGGGGCUACCGUGCCCUCCACGACGCUGUUGUCAACGGAAAGCAAGUGACGGAGGGAUACUACGGUCACAAUAUCUCCUACAGCUACUACCGUGGAUGCUCCGCCGGUGGCAAGCAGGGCAUGAAGGAGGUCCAGAUGUUCCCCGAUGACUUCGAUGGUGUCAUUGCGGGAGCGCCGGCCUGGUGGACCGACCACCAACAGCUGUGGAACGUGCUCACUGCCAUCUGGAAUCUUCCAGAGACGGCCGACUACCACGUCACCGAUGCACAGAUGACGGCGGUGCAGGCUGAGAUGCUGAAGCAGUGUGACCCCCAGGAUGGGCUGAACGACAGCAUCCUCCAGAACCCCUUCGGCUGUGUCUUCGAUCCUGUCCCGGUGAUGUGCAAUGCCACCUCGUCCAAUGACACUUGCGUGACGCCCGCCCAACUCACCACCGUCAACAAGCUGUUCAACCCCUGGGUCGAAGCCAACGACACCUUCAUCUUCCCUGGAUACACGCUGGGUACCGAGGUUGGCGCCCCUACUCUGGACGACGACUUCGUCACCUACAUCCAGUACAUGCUCCAGAUCGGCGGAGACUGGACCUGGGAAGACUGGAACCCCGAUCUCGUCGCUCUCUCCGAGAAGCUGAACCCGGGCAAUGCCACCGCCGACGACUUCGACAUUUCUCCUUUCUACAAGAAGGGUGGCAAGCUCCUCCACUACCACGGCUACUCCGACCCAUCGAUCGCAUCCAAGUCCUCCCUGUACCUCUACAACCAUUACCAGGAGGCUCUCCGGCCCCAGGGCAUUCCCGUCGAUGACUUCUACCGUUUGUUCUUCGUCCCCGGCAUGGAGCACUGCACCAGCACCCCCAGCGACCAAGACGCCCCCUACUACAUGAACGGAGACAGCCAGGCUGGCUCUCUGUCCGGCACCAUCUUCGGUGUGCCCGGCUUCAACGACAGCAAGCACGAUCUCAUCCUCGCCAUGGUGGACUGGGUGGAGAACGACAACGCCCCCGACUACCUGAUCCCCACCAAGUACAAGAACGACGUUGUUGCCGAUGGUGUCGACAAGCAGCGCCCGAUCUGCCCGUGGCCCAGCCUGGCCAAGUACAAGGGCCAGGGCGAUGUCGACAAGGCCCAGAACUGGGAGUGCGGUACCCUGUACUAA